AUGGCCCCGCUAGAAGCAGAGCCUCGAUGUAUGUUUGUUGAUGACUGUCAAACCGGCUCGCAGCUACGUAAAGCCAUUUCACACCUCUUCGGACGCAACAAGGCGUGUACCCUUCGCAUCCCAAAGCAGGUUUGGGUAUACUAUUGCCGCAAACACUACCAACGGAUUAGGUAUCGAAAUGCCAAGACGUACCCACUCAACCAGAUGUAUCUCGUCAAGAUGCAGAUCAACCGACUUCAAAGAUGGAGUGAUGAGAAUCAACGCCAGGGAGCCGGGCCCUAUAUCAAACUCUGGACGUUGGCGUUGCGCAAGAGAGAGCAAAGCCGUCUUGACAAAGAGGCAGACGCAGCAGAAGAAGGCGACGAUGAAUCUCAAGAGACACCAAACAGCUCAGCUGCACCUGAUUGGAUCAUUCAGCGUCUGGGGACUGGAUACACGACUGAGCAAAUGCUUGAAGUUGCGGAUCGCCUGUACCUAGAAAUUGAGAAUGGAACUCUUGGCCAGGUUCCCGAGGUCGAAUUUCUACCCGACAUUACAGAGCCAGAGGCCGGAAACAUAUCGAAGCUGGUCAGAAACCGCAAGCAAAGCCGCACAGCUGCCGUUGCGGCAGAACCCAAAGUCUCCAAGCGACGGAUUUCUGAAGAUGCAGGUUCCAUCGGCCAAAAGGACUCAUCACCCCCUAUUCAACCUGAUGUGGUUGGAUUUGAGAAUCUUUCGCGGAAGCGGAUUCGCCUCAGCCCUCCUGGAGCAGACUACCACCAGCAUCCUCUGCAGAUGCCCCUUCCAUCCAUCACUAUGACGCCCUACGCAAACAACCGUGUACUUGCACCUUCGUCCGGCAUUCAGUCGGCGGUACCACGUACUUUGCCUGCGGUCCCAAAGAUGCAGAUACCAUCUCCUGACCAUUCCCAGAGACCUAUUGCGCACAUGUAUGGGCUCUCUUCUAGCGAGUUUCGGCGCCCCAGUGGUCUCGGUGACUUUUACAGCCACAAUCAUCAGCAAAAUGCAGCUCACUACCGUGUGAGCGCCGAAUCUCUUGUUCAGCGAAAUAGGGAUUAUCAUAACCAGCAGAGACUGCCAUCCAUUGCUCACCUGGCAGGAGUCAGCGACAUUCAGGACUCAAAAAUGGCGAUUCCUCCAUAUAGAGGUUCUUGGGCAUCGAUAUAUGAUGACCCAAACAUGCCACGGGCCCCUCGCUUGCGAUCUUAUAGCGAUAAUAUCCCAACGAGCCAACCCGUGUUGGAAUAUCCUCGACCAAGUUCGAGCGGCACUUCGCAGUUCGGCUUGACCUACUUUGACAGCAGAGUCUCAACCUCUUCGUCCCAUGAACCGAACACCCGCAGCUACUCUCGAGAGCAGUGGCCUGAGUCGAGUCAGGGCUACGCUCCAGGUUGGCCCCAGCGAUCAGGCAUUCAGCAACAACACAAUUACUAUGAUCAAGUAACUCGCCCUCAACUGGACAGCCUAAGAGCUCCAGCCUACCUUGGAACGAACAAACAGCGUGUUACAGCUGAGAGAGUUGAGCAAGAAGCUCAUCAUUACGGAGAUUCAUGGGUUCAUGCUGACCCAGCCGUUGCGAAGGCCGCUGGAGGAACACGCGAGGAUUAG